CUGUGUUUUGCUGAGUAAGGUCAUCCCAUUUCCGUUCCUUUACAGUGAUCAUGUUGACGGUCCGUGUGCAGUCUAUUCUGUAGACAUGGCUGGUGUUGACCACGCCUAUCAGUACUCUGUGGAAGUGAAGAGCAGGUUCUCACUGUUUCUGGAUGACAAUCUGAACAGUGAGGACCCGGAUAUUUUGCUAUCCAAGUUGCAAAGUAAACGAGCUGAAAAGACUAAAAAAGAUAAGCCUCAUGUGCAACAGCAGCAAGUGGCGCCUGUAAAGGUCGACACAAUAACAAAGAAUGAGGUGAAGGUUGAGACUGCAGCCCCUAAAGCUUCUCGGGUAUCGAAAACUCCUAACUCUACAGAGCCACCCCCAGCGCCAAUUGAGGACGUACAGAUCACAUCUGCGAAGGGGCCUGAUGAACCAAUUGGUAAUUUUGUACGUGGCCGAGGUUCAGGCAGAGGAGCACCUCGAGGGAUGCGUGCGGGCAGAGGACAGGGUCCUCGGAUGCCUCCAACUGAUGCGCCCCAAGAGCCAGCGAUUGAUAUGAAUGGUCCUAGAGGGCCAGGUUUCGAACCUAGAGGACGUGGAAGGGGCAGAGGAAGAGGAAUGUUUGGUCGCGGUCGUGGGAUGCCAUUCAAUUCAAAUCGAGACUUCGACAAUCAGGAUGGUCCGGAUCGUCAGGGUCCGAGACAAUAUGGACGAAGAGAUGGAAACUGGAACUCUCAGGAUGUUGAUGGUCAUGCGGUAACUGAGAGUGGCGACUCGGAUCAAGUUGUGCGCUCCCCGGAUGAUCGUAAUGAGACCGAAGACCAGUCAGAGCACACCCCUGUUGAGGCCGAAGAGAGUGUGGAUGUCAACACAGAAACACCGGCUGAGGAAGAACCAAAAAGCUACACAUUGGAAGAAUACAAGGCUAUGCGCCAGUCUUCCAAACCAGCCAUCUUAUUGAGCAACAAAGGUCUCCGCAAAGCCAAUGAUGGCAAAGAUGUGUUUGCGAACAUGGUAGCUCACAGAAAAAUACAGGAAGCCCACGAAGACGUCUACGAGGUGGAGGAGAAGGAAAACGAGCCUGAGGAGCACCAGCCAAUCGACAUUGACUUCUCUUUUGCUGAUGACUUUGGAAGCCGUAGACGGGGUGGCCGAGGAUUUGAAGGUAGGGGCUUUGAUCGUGGUCGUGGUGGUCCACGUGGUGCAGGACCAAGAGGUGAACGUGGGGGUCGAGGAAGAGGCCAAAUGAGGAGUGAUGGGCGAGGCCGUGGUUUCGGUCGUGUUCUGCCCGUUGGCGACCACAUUCCGCCUCCAGCAAUCUACAACGAUCAAGAGUUCCCUUCCUUGAAGUGAAUUCACGAAAUAAAAAGGAAGCAGUGUUGGAUUAAGAAAACUCCCUUGUCAACCUUUACUUUCUCGAAGGCUUUUAGUCCAAGCCUCUACUCACUCAUACUCAUCCUUCCCUAUUAAACUCCAGCUUUGUAAUCUAGUUUCUCUUAAAAGCAGUUCAAGGACUGAAUUUGGCUGUGCUGCUUAAGAUCUGAUUGCAAAGCUUUGUACAUGAAUGUUUUCAGAAUGUCACAGUUUUGCGGUUGGUGUAACCAAUCGUUCAAAAUAAACAUGAUAAGAUUA